UUUGUCCAGCUGAAAUGCAACUAUCUAAGCGACAACAUUUUCUCGGUUUGCCUGCAGCCUACCAAGCCCUUGGACGCGAACCGGUAUGCCACCAAGAAGACCAUCGCCCAGGGCAUGCUGGACAUCGCGCUGCUCACGGCCAACGCCUCGCAGCUCAAGUACAUCCUGCAGGUCGGGCCGCGCCACGAGUUCUACUCCCUCAUGCUGGGCCUCAUCUCGACCUCCAUGAUCCUGCAGGUGCUCAACGGCAUCCUCAUGAUCGUUCUGAGCGCGUCCUACAACAUCAACAAGUCCCAUCACCACCUGGGCGCGACCAUCAUCAACGACAUUGUGCUGUCCGUCAUCGUCCUCAUCACCGCCGUCAACGUCAUCAUCGGGGUGUUCGACAUGCGCACCCCGGACGAAAUGCCGGAGCACCUCACGACGGAGGCCACGCUCCACGCCCUCGCCUUCCACGACCUGCAGACGUCCUAGGAGUCGAUGACAUCCGUCCAGCCAGUUCGGAUCGCCCCACCCAUAUAGCAACGAUAUUGACAUAUCAGUCAUCAUUUCUGCUCAGUUAUGUGCUCUCUUUGGGUUAGAUUAGAAAAACGGCCGCUUGACUUUAGGAAAUUUUAUUCAAUGGAACAAAACGAGAAGGCAAUAACAGGUAACGUUGAACAGCUGGGUUCAAAAUAACUUGUGUAUAAUAACAUAUAAA